CAAGCGUUGCACACAGAGAUCAGAGCACAUUAUAAGACAUAUUUAACGAAUUGAAGAAAAAACAUUAGAUUACUUAUAUAAGGACGCGAAAAAGGGAUAAAAAAAUUAAAAUGAAAGGAUAUAUUACCAUUGUCAUAUUAGUUGUGACAAGUAUUUCUCUUGUAUCUUGUCAAACAGCAACUAAGUGUCAGUCGUCAUUUCUGACCAAUUUGUAUGGUUGUAUGCAGAAUGAAGGAAUUAAUCCAACACAUUUAUUCUGGAUGACAAGAAAUGGUACGAUGGGCAACAAACCAGAAAACUUGACAUCUUUUCAAUUAGAAGCUUGCAAGGUGGAACUUAAAUUACAUAAUUGCAGUAAUUCAUAUGUGAAGAAAUUAGAGAAUGAUGAAUCAUGUCCACAAGCAGAACGAGAUGCCAUUAAACAAUUCUUUUAUUCCAUGUUCAUUAGUUACGACUCUCAAUGUGCCCAUCCUUGCAGAGAAACUCUAACGGAAGAUUUAAAAAGAUGUUAUGGUAAAGCUGGUGUUGAUCCCGAUCUAUUUAUAUCCAAUGCAACCAUGGAAAGAGGAUCAAUUAUUGGAACUACUGAGAUGCAGGUCCAGCAGUUCUGUGGAAAACGCCAGGAGCUUGUGGGGUGUCUUAAAGCAGAGAGAGAUAUAUGUCCUGAGGCACCGACAUUGCUGAGUAAAAUGGGUUUGGAUAUUGAAUCACUGAGUAAAACAGUUGAUGUUCUUUGUGCUCAUCCAAAAUUGUAUUUGAGGUCAUUAGACUGUUUCACCCAUCCAGAAGCCAGUAUAGAAGUCUGUAGAAACCAACAGACAACUGAUUUAAUUAAGUUGAAUAUUAAGGCUAAAGAUCAAGCUAUGAAGUUUAUUCCAUACAUGGAAGAGUAUUGUAGGAUUCGUAUAGACCAUGUCAGUUGUGAUCUGAGAGGAUGGGCUGCUGCUAAACGUGAUAGUUGUGCAAAUGAUACUGUGAUGGGAUUGAGAACUGAAUUAGAGUGUAGUCUCUUGCCAGAUUAUUGUUUGGAGAAUUAUACUCGGGAAGUGAGUGUCAUGUGUAGUGUAGAUAAAUUCAAGAGAGAGCAGAGAGAUCCAAAUUACAUCCCAGAAUCUGGUCAUAGUCAUGAUCAUGAUGAUAAAAAUAGCGCCACUUCCGUACAAUUUUCUUUGUAUUUUGUACUUAUAUUUUUUUCCACCCGAGCUUUGUAAAUUGUUUUGUACAUAUUUUGUAAAUAAAUUGAUUUUACUAACAAAUG